UUCUCCACAACCACAUCCAAAUCAGCGCGCCCACACCUCACCCAACAAGCAAACAAGCAAGCCACCCACAGACAAUCAUGACGUCCUUGAUCAAGAAGACGCUGGCAAAGAAGCUGGCACCGCUGUUUGAGGACAUGACGGCAGACGACUUUUCCUUGUCGUUUCUCAAGGGCAAAGGCGGUCUCCGUGAUAUCAAGUUGAACAGGGCGCUGAUCCAGGACGCACUCCCGCCGUGGCUCAUCGUGGAGACGGUGAGCUGCGACAGUUUCGGGCUCAAGAUCCCAUGGACCAAGCUGAAGAAGAAACCAGUCAAGGUCAUGAUCUCGAAGAUCAACCUCGUUGUCGUGUAUGAUCCAACUCGCACGCACUUGCCCGAUCCCAAGCCGCAGAAGAAGCAAGAAAGCAAGUCCAAGUCCUCCAGCAAGUCUGAGCAGGACCCAAAGUUUGGCAUUGGCGGCAAGUACGGCCUCAUUGACUCGAUCAUCGAUGGGGUGAAGGUCACUGUGGACUGUGUGAAUGUUGAGCUGAAAGGCCCCGAUUUCACAGCGGAGCUGCGACUCGAUGGAUUCGUCCUUGAAAGUCCAACACCCUACUGGAAGUCGCCCUCGUCACUGAAGGAGACGCGUAUCAUGGACAAGGCGUCCGGCCUCAUCCACUUGUUCAAGCAGGCCACCAUCGAAAACAUCCAGAUCAAGCUCGCAAUGAUCUCCGCUGACAAGACGCUGGAGCCGUUCACCUUCCGGCUCGAUCUGCCAACACUCCGCGUCGCCAUUGACAAGCCAAUCACAGACACCGCCACGAUCUCGUCCAUCCAUCUGCAAUUCCUGUUGAACACGCUUCACCUGACGCUGACGCGCGGACAGCUGCGGUGCUUGGAGGCGUUUCUUGUGAGCAUUGGCUCCACCAUGCCGGCACUGCUCGAACAGUGGUUUGACCACAUCCACAAGCAGAAGAUCGUUGACGAUGACGGUGACGACGACGACGAUGAGGAUGGUGAUGGUGGUGACGAUGGGGCGGAUGUGAUGGAAGGGAUUCCGGACGAAGACGAGGAAGGUGAUGGUGGUGAUGAUGGUGAUGACAAGACAGCAAACAAGAAGAAAAAGAAGAAGAAUGACCGGUUGCGAAAGAUCAAACAGUGGCGAAAGCACAGGAAGAAGCGUCUUCAGAAGAAGAAGGCGUUGCGCAAGGCCAGCAGCGGCAGUGCCGGAGGAUUUGUCCUGUACAAAAGCUUCAACGACUUGCUGCCAGAGAAGGUCAACAGCUUGCACGUGCACGUGGAAAAGGUGUUGCUGCGGCUCUCAAAGCUGGAGGGAACACCGGAAGAACAGGCCGCCUUGCUCAAAGCGAACCAGCACCGCCACCUCCUCAUGACGGUCACCGUCAACAACAUUGUCCUACACCACUACUACAAGCACGCCUUUGGUGCGCGCGUGCCACACACGGAAGCCCUCGACUCGUUCUGGCAGGCGCACACGACGUGGGCCGAGCACCUCACGCCAGCGGACAUCUACGACAACCUGGACCACGUCCGCGUGUCAUCAACAUCGCUCAUGGUCCGUCGCCUUCUUAUGGUGGUCGACGCAUCCCCACUCAAGCGCGUCUCAUCAUCAUCAUCAUCAUCAUCAUCAUCAUCAUCAGCUGCGGCGUCGGCUGGUCCGCGACCGCGCGUGAUUCUCCUGCAGCCAACAGAGGAAGGCAGCGCCCAGCCAAUGAUCAUGAUUGCGCUUGCGUCCUUCUCGGAGCCCCCAGCAGCCGCACGUCUGCUGAUUGGCGAACCACACCCCGACUUCCGCCUGCCACCCGCCCAGCGCUUCGUGCAGGUGUGCAACAUGAAGGUGACAGCGGACAUUGCUGCUGGGUUUGAGGUUGGCCGCUUCCUCGUGGAGUCUCUUGAUCCCGUGCUCAGCCCCGCAACGGCAAAGACAGCAUCCGCGAAAGCAGCAACAGCAACAGCAGGCAAGAAGGGGGGCACCUCAGCCCCAACAGCUGGGGGUCAUGACGGCGAUGAUGAUGAUGGCGGUGACAGCGAGAGUCGAGCCAGCACGCUGCCGGCGUCACUGAUGGUGCAGUGCCGUAACCUCGAGGUGCAGCUUCCGCCUGUUCUCGCCACCAUGAAGGAGCCCGAUCGCAGCAUCUUCCUCACAGCAACCAUCGACUCUGUCACGCUCACCAACACCCCGACCGCGUGCAAGAACGCCAACACCCUGCUGCGCACGUCACACUUCUACAACGGCUGGCUAUACAGGCGCGCGCACGCCUUUCCCGAAUCGGAAGGUGGAACACAGUUCCUCCCGCCCGUCACGGAAAUUGCUGGCCUGGUGCAGGACCCUGUGCUGCGCAACACCAACCCCGACUACGAAGGUGUUGAUCUGAGCGGGCGGGAUGGCGGCGGCGAUGGCGACAGUGGUGAUGGCGACGAACGCGACAUGGAUGCGGCAGCAGGAAUGUACAUCACGGUGGAUGGUCUGACUGCUGUUGUGAACGAGAGCAAGGAUGGCCGCUGUUCCGAGAAGGCGCGGGUGCUGAACCACACGUCCAUUAUCGUGCGCACACGCGAGGACGAUACGGCAAGCUACCUGCUGCUGGAGAUUGCGGACCAGCUGUAUGUGCACUUAACGCACGAGCUUUAUGUGUACAUCAUGAACAUGUUCAACAUCGUCACAGCGCUGCCGUUCCACGUGAUCACAGAGGGUUUGAAGAAGUUCAAGACGAACGACAAGGACGACGGCGAUGGCGGUCGUGAUGAUGGCGAUGGCGGUCGUGAUGACGAUGACGAUGACGAUGAGAAGCCGAGCCAUUUGUUUGUGAUGGUGCGGGCGGUGACCUUUGCUGUGAACAACGGGCGCGAUGACUUGAUCCACGCCUGUGCGUACGACACGCAGUUGUCGCUGACAGAGCACAAGGACCACCAGCUUGCCCGCGCUGCCGUGCAGGAACUCAUCCUGACGCAAAACCUGAGCAGCCCGAGUGGACAGGUUGUCCGCGACAACACGCCCCACCCAGCCGGCGCCAUUGACGCGACCACGCUCGACAUUGAGCACAUUGUUGAGCCGCAGGUGCUGUGCCGAGUGCACAUUCCCCUUGUCUCCGGCAAAGAGCGGUGCCUGCAGUACGAUACGUUCCAGGAGCGAUACGAGCAAGCGCGGCGCGCACAGCACCACCUCGCCCGCUCGUGGUCGGGGAGCGUGCGGCGUGGCACGAGCGUGAGCCCGCAGCAGCUGAAGAAGGCGAUGGAGAUGAUGGACGCGGAGACGAAGAGCGCGGGCAGCAACAGGCGGGCAACAACGGCUGCGGAGGAGGCGAGCGCUGUGGACGAGGACUACGAUUCGGACACCACGUCCAUCGCCAGCGACGAUGAUCGGUCGUUCGUUGGCUCGGAGGACUUUGCCAUCACAGAACGCAUCGACCAGCACAGCUGGCAGCAGGCCGAGUUUUGGACUGGCGAGGGCGACAGCCAGCACGAGGCGCACAUUCUCGACGACGUGGACGCCUUCCUUGCCUCGUCGUACGCGUCUGUCUUCACCAGCGCCAGCCAGGAGGUGGUAACCCUGCCCUCUCCACCUGAGCUGACGAGCGGGGAGGUGCUUGAGUUCAUCCCCGAGCCAGAUAUCCCACCCGUCACGGUGACGGCGCGCGUGCGUUCGCUGAUGGCAACGCUUGACCAGGUGCCGCUGCAGAACAUUGCAGAGGUGCUGAACAACGCGGAUGCCGACCCGCUUGACGCCUUCCCGCCCUCCACAUGCGGCCCUGAAAUCAGUCUUCUCCUGUCCAACCUCGACCUGACGGUGCUUGAUGGGGACUACCUGCAGCGGCUGCCGCUGUUUGCAAAGGCGGCACGUGCCAACAUCGUUGCAGAGUCGCGCAAGCGGAUUCGGGCACCCUGUGUUGCCGUCCACGUGUCGUCUGCUGGCGUCAUUGACAUUGACUUGGCUGCCGCCCAACAGCAAGACAGCAACGAGCAACAGCAGGGAGGGCAAGCAACGCAGAGCGCUGCUGUUGUCGCUGCCUCCUCAUCAAGUGUGCAGUCGACGGCGCAACUGCAGCAGGACCUGGACGCUGCCCGCGACGAGCUGGCACGUGCGCGUGAACAGCUCGAGCGCUGCAUGCUGGCCAUGUCAUUCUCGGCCAAGGUGGUGGAGAGCGUGCAGGCGCAGGCACAGGCGACGCUCGAGGACUACCGCCAACUGGCUGAUGAGGAGCAGGAAGCGCGGCGGGGCCGUCUGGCUGACAUGUCCAUCCGUGCAAAACUGCACGACUUGCUCAAGACAUCCCCAGAUACAACCAUCUAGUCAUCUGACGCCUACGUGUGUGUGUGUGUGUGUGUGUGUGUGUGUGUGUGUGUGUGCGCGUG